AUGAACGCCAACGCGACCAUCCUGGGUCCCAAUGUCUUCGUCUUCGACCAGAGCAUGCCCGCGCCCGCGGUGCAGGCCCAAGCGACAGACAUUUUCAAGCGCAUGGAGGCCAACGAGUUCGGCCCCGAGCGCUACGCACUCCUCUUCAAGCCCGGCGUGUACGACGUCCUCUUCGACGUCGGCUUCUACACCUCUGUCUGCGGGCUAGGCCGGAACCCGGACGAUGUCCUCAUCCGGGGCGGAGCCAACGUCCCGGCCUACUGGAUGCCCAGCCGGAACGCCACGUGCAACUUCUGGAGGUCCUUUGAGAACCUAGCCAUCGAGGCGUCCGACGCGACCAACAAGACGACGACCAUCGCCGUGUCGCAGGCCGCGCCCCUCCGGAGGUUGCACAUCAGGAGCCCCAACGGCCUCUGGCUGUUCCAGGUCGACCCUGCCACGGGUGCGGGUGGCUGGGCCAGCGGGGGGUACAUGGCCGACACGGUCGUCGACGGGCAGGUCCUCCCUGGGUCGCAACAGCAGUGGCUGUCGAGGAACAGCAAGUGGGGCAGCUGGGCUAAUGGAGUGUGGAAUAUGGUCUUUGUCGGCUGCGACAAUGCCCCCAGCCAGGCCAACUGGCCCAAGGAGCCAUACACGACGGUGGACCAGACACCUAUUAUCCGAGAGAAGCCAUACCUCUGCGUCGACGAGCAGGAUGAGCUGGCUGUGUUCAAACCAGCUUUACAGAGGGAUACCAGUGGGCCGACCUGGGCGGGUGGUGCUACCCAGGGUGAAUCAAUUCCCCUUGAGGCUUUCUACGUGGUACAGGCUGGCGCGGAUGCGGCAACCAUCAACGCGGCACUCAGCUCGGGCAAGCACGUCUUGUUCACACCAGGCGUCUACAGUCUCGAUGAUGCUUUGAGAGUGUCUCGCCCAAACACAAUCAUCUUCGGCCUAGGUUAUCCCUCUUUGGUACCAGUCAAUGGUGAUGAAGCAAUCAAGCAAACGAUAGUUGAUUGUGGUUGUUAA